GAACGUAUCACUCUUGAGUGGUAAAAUUCAAUGCCGGGAUAGACGAGAUUUGUUAUUUCAAACGGUACGACCUGACAGCCGAUUUGUGAGUAAGGAUUCUUGACGGGCGAUCUUGUAAUUAAUUAUUAAAGGACCUCUCGUGUCGAUCGUUGCUGUAUCUAUAAAUUAAUCUCGGAAGCAGUGUUGAGACUAAUACGGUACAUUUUGAAGUGGGAUAUUUGUCAGGAAAUCUAUCCACUGUAAUCGUGUUUCACAUGUAAUUUAUGUUCAGUUGCAAGUACUUACGAGCGUGAUACAACUCUGUUAUUCUCUGUGAUUUCACACACAAGACUGCACCAGGAUGCUGAGACUCUUGAAGUUAUCGUGCAGCUCUCCUUUGAGAAGCACCGUUUUGCAGCGACACUUCAAGCACCGUACUUUCUAUUCCUCAGCGAGUGUUGGAUCAAACGUCCUGCAUACAGAGGAGAAGCCCGUACAAGAUGAGCUGGGUAAAUUCAAGAAGGGUGAAAUCUUCCAUGGAUUCAUAGUGGACGAGGUCGCCAGGAUAGACGAGUUGUUUCUCACUGCGAUCAGAUUGUCGCACCUAUCUACAGGUGCGCAAUAUCUGCACUUGUCCAGGGAUGAUGCGAACAAUGUCUUCUCCACCGGAUUCCGCACGACUCCCAUGGAUUCCACCGGGUUGCCUCACAUAUUGGAGCACACCACUCUGUGCGGCAGCGAGAGGUAUCCCUGCAGAGAUCCUUUCUUCAAGAUGCUGAGGAGGUCCUUGGCGACGUUCAUGAACGCCAUGACGGGACCGGACUACACCAUAUAUCCCUUCUCGACGCAAAAUCUGAAGGACUACCGCAAUCUGCAGUCGGUCUACUUGGACUCGGUCUUCAGGCCGAAUCUGAGGGAGCUGGAUUUCCGUCAGGAAGGCUGGAGAUUGGAACACGCGGAUGCCAACGACAAGAGCUCGCCAAUCGUAUUCAAAGGCGUGGUCUUCAACGAGAUGAAGGGCGUCUUCAACGACAAUCAAGCUAUCCUGGCCGAGCGUAUGUUGAAUUCCAUUCUACCGAGUCACACGUACUCGGUGAUCUCCGGCGGCGAUCCUCUCGUCAUACCCAGCCUGCAGUACAUCGAUCUGCUCAACUUCCACAACAAGUACUACCACGCCUCGAACUCGCGUUUCUACUCCUACGGCAACUUCCCGCUGGAGGAACACCUGAAGUUCGUCAACGACCACUACCUCUUCCUGAGCGACCGAAUAGACACCUCCAUGUCGGCAGUGCCGCCGGAAAAGCGGUGGACCAAGGCCAGGAAGGAACACAUCACCUGCAGACCCGACCCACUGCUGGCGGAUCCCAGCCGUCACGGCACCAUCGCCAUCGCACACCUGUGUAACGACAUCACCGAUACACAGACUACCUUCGAGAUGUACGUGCUCUCGCAGCUGUUGCUGAAAGGCCCGAAUUCGGCGUUCUACAAGUCCCUGGUCGAGUCGGACCUGAGCACCGGUUUCGGUCCGGUCACCGGUUACGACUCGCAGUGCAGGGACACGAUGUUCGUCGUGAGUCUACAAGGCGUCAAGCCGGAGAACUUCGACAAGGUGGAGAGUGUCUUCGACGGCACCGUGGACAGGGUUAUCAAAGAAGGAUUCGAGAAGGACCACGUCGAGGCAGUCCUGCACGGCAUCGAGAUUCACGUGAAGCACCAGACGUCGAACUUCGGGCUGAACUUGCUCUUCAACCUGACGUCCCUGUGGAAUCACGACGGCGACUUGGUGCAGGCGCUGAGAAUCAACGAGGCCGUGAAGAAGUUCACGUCGCGAAUGAGGGAGGACCCCGGCUACCUGCGGAGCUUGGUCGAGACUUACCUGAAGAAGAACAGUCACAGGCUGACGCUGACGAUGACACCCGACGAGAAUUACGAGCAGGACAAAGCGGCCGCCGAGCAAAAGCUGCUCAAGUCGAAGCUGGAUGAGCUCACCGAAGAAGAGAGGGAGCAUAUAUACGUGGCCGGUAAGAUCCUACUUGCCGAGCAGCAGAAGGAACAGGACAUCGGGGUUUUGCCGACCCUGAAGAUCGAGGACUUGAAGGCCGACGUGGAGAGAUACGAGACAUCGAAUCUGGAGAUAUCCGGAGUGCCGCUGCAGUUGUCGGUCCAGCCGACUAACGGGAUCUCCUACUACCGAGGGAUCCUGAACACGCGGGCGUUGCCGGACGAGCUGAAGAAGCUGAUGCCGCUGUUCAACUACGUGGUCGCGAAGAUGGGCACACGCGAUCACGACUACCGCACCUUCGACCAGAUGAUGCAGCUGAAGACCGGCGGGCUCAGCUUCGCGAAUCACGUGGCCGAGCACAAGGAGAGCGCGCUCAAGUACGAGGAGGGUAUCCUCGUGGAAUCGUACUGCCUGGACCGAAACUCGGCCGACAUGUGGCGACUAUGGGCCGAGCUGUUCAACAACGUCCAGCUCACUGAUCCGCAGCGCUUCGAGACGCUCGUGAAGAUGAACGCGGCUAAUCUGAUCAACGGCAUCGCGCACGCCGGCCACGUUUACGCGAUGAGCAGCGCCGCCAGUCUGGUCUCGCCGAUCGCGCGGGUCAAGGAGAGCCUGGCCGGGCUGUCCUACGUGUCGAGGAUGAAGAGGCUCGCCCAGACACGCGACCUCGGCCCCCUGAUGCGCAGCAUGCAGGAGAUAGCGAGUCACGUGUUGAGCAAGCAGCACCUGCGCUCGGCCAUCAACCUGUCCCAGGAGCGCAAGGACGACGUUCUGGAGGGUAUUCGUGCGUUCUACGACUCGCUGCGGGGUCAGCCGACGAAGCCGCACGUCAUCACCGAGGCCGAGAACGUCGAGGCGUCCGAGAGCGGCAAUCACCACGUGCUGCCGUACACGGUGAACUACUGCUCGAAGGCCAUCCUGACGGUGCCGUACACGCAUCCGGAUUACGCGGCGCUGCGCGUCCUUUCCAAGCUGAUCACGUCCGUGUAUCUGCACCCGGAGAUACGCGAGAAGGGCGGCGCUUACGGCGGCGGAGCGAAGCUGACGUCCGAGGGGAUCUUCUCCUUUUACUCCUACAGAGACCCCAACUCCACGCGUACCUUCGACCUGUUCGAUCAGGCGCACGACUUUCUCUCGAAGCACCCGUUGCCGCAGAGCGACGUGGACGAGGCGAAGCUGGGAGUUUUCCAGCAGAUCGACGCACCCAUCCCGCCCAGCAAUCGAGGCAUGACCCGAUUCACCCACGAUAUAACGGACGACGAUCUUCAGCGGCAGAGGGAGCAGCUGAAGAUUGUUACCAGGGAGCAGCUCCUGCACGUGGCCGAGAAGUACCUGAUCCCCGGCCAAAACGGCGUCAGGGUUGGCCGUUCGCUCAUCGGGUCCUCGAACGACGAUAUCUCGAAUAGACGCGCGGAAAACUGGCUGGUGGUGAAUCAAGAGGAAACUGACCAGGCACGAGCCACCGAAUAGAUAACCAAAUAGAUAGAUGAGAUUGUUCUUAUUGUUUGGACCUUGACGAGGCAUUUUUUUUUUCUUUUUACGUUAGGCCGGAAGCAAGUCGAUACUUGUCGUCAAGUGUCAUCUCCUGUGACGCAUGCUCGGCAUGCCGCAAGUAUUAUUAUAAAGUCGGAAAGAAGGCGUACGCGUUAUACCGGUAACGUGACCAUUUGUUAAUCGAAAAUUGUAAUUUAUGGUAUUUUGUACAUUAAAUAGAUCUCCGUUGAAAGGGA